AUGAAUAAAUAUCUCGCAGAAUUUAUCGGAACCUUUUGGCUGGUGUUUGGAGGAUGUGGUAGCGCAAUAUUUGCCGCUGCUUUUCCAGAACUGGGCAUCGGUUUUGCUGGUGUUGCACUGGCAUUCGGUUUAACCGUACUCACAGGCGCUUUUGCUUUAGGGCAUAUCUCAGGCGGGCAUUUUAACCCUGCGGUCAGUGUGGGUUUAUGGGUAGGUGGUCGUUUUAAUGCCAAAGACUUAGCCCCUUAUAUUAUUGCUCAAGUCAUCGGUGGUAUUUUGGCCGCAUUUGUUUUGCGGGAUUCACAGGAACUGGUGGAUUCGCCAGCAAUGGCUUUGAUAAACGUGCACCUGCUGGCUUUGCCCCGAUUGCCAUCGUUAAUCCAGCACGAAGUACUGCUGUGGCUUUAUUUGCUGAAACAGCAGCAUUGA